AACCUGCCAUGAUUUCCGCUGCAAGUUUCAGACGACCCGCUGGCUACGUUGUAUAUUGUACGUGAACUACUAACGAGCAUGGAUCCGCAAAGGAAAGUUACACAUCUCUGAUGUUUUCUUCUGUGUUUGCCAUCCAAAACGGGAAAUAACCGACACCAAACCGUUCUCAAAUGGAAUAAUAUUUGUUUGCUGACGUUUCGCUUGGAUUGGAAUACCCUACUUCCCGAAAAAUGCCAGGAUUUUACGCGAGGUUUUUGAGGGCCAGUUGUGUCCUUUGCGCCGUGCGAAUGCCCACGCUGCUCCUUUUCCUGCAGUGCACAUGUCUACUUUUCGCGGCGCCAGCUUUUGCUGGCAAGCUCAACAACGUUGGUCCCCCCUCCAUAACACCACAGGGCUCAGAACUCACGUUUGUCGAAAACAGAACGUUGGAAAUUACGUGCCGUGGUGCUUUCGGUCUGGAAUGGAUCUAUCCAAAUAGUGUAGCGGACCGAGUGAGAAUUACACCAACCGCAUGUAGAAAUUGUGAGCCCGACCUCAAGCACUCAAGUAUUCUGAGAAUCGACGUGUCGCAUUAUGAGGACACCGGACAAUAUGUGUGUGCCUACCUAAAAUAUAUGGACAGCCUCAAUAACAAAACUGCCACAGAAGUUUAUGUGUAUGUUGCAAGCAAUGAUCGUGAAAAGCUGUUCUUGCCAGUGACAGAGCACACCAUCUACAUCAACGGUGCCACGCCCUUCACCAUCCCCUGCCGCAUCACCAAUGCCCGGGCCCAGGUCUCCUUAUUCCAUGGAUAUAAUACCCUGAUGAACCAGGACCGAACACUGGUGUACGAUCCCAAGGUCGGAUUUAACGUGACCGCCAACCAGGAGUUAUACGAAGGGUUCGUCACCUGCCAGGCGCAGCUGGGGAAUAUGCAGCAGCAGCAGGUCUACACGGUGCAGUACGAAGCUCAAAGCCCCCUGAUCAAGCCAGAGAUCACUGCCAGCAAGAGGGAAGUCAUCCAGGGCUGGGAAGGUUUUGAAGUGACAUGCGAGGCGGACGUGCCGUCCAGAAGCCAUCUGACACUCAGCUGGGAAUACCCAGGAAAGGGGAUUGCCAGCUUGGAGUCAAACUACAAAGAGGAGACCUCACAUCAGAUCAGUGAGCCGCACAGAAACCACCGCAAAUUGAGCACCAAGCUACUGGUUGCGAACGCGACCGUUUUUGACAAUGGGACAUUCGUCUGUGUGGCCAGCAGUCACAUAGCCAAGUCAUCUGCAGAAGUGAACAUCACUGUUUUACCGGGAGACCACUUGUUCAAGAACGGGCCGCCCCACCUCUUGGAAGUCCCCCGUUAUCUGAACCUCAGCGAGGGGGAGCUGCUAGAGCUGAACUGCUCGGGCGCUUACACCUUGGAAUGGAGCUACCCCCAGAGCAUCCAGUCCCACGUGGUCCUGAGCUCCUGGGCCUGCCCGAUGUGCCCGCCGGACUCACGGCACACCAGCAUUUUGAGGGUUGAGGACGUCGGUUACAGUGAUGCGGGGAGCUACCAGUGCAUCUACAGUCGGUACAUGGAUCAUAUAAACAGCGGCACGGCGACCCAGGUAGAUGUGGCUGUUACGGGGACAGAUGCCAGUCUUCUCCAAGAUGGACCCCCUCUCAUCCACACCGACUCCCCCGCCAUCGUCGCGGCCGAGAACGCCACCGUCGAGGUCAGCUGCACGGGGGCCUUCACCCUGGAGUGGCUGUACCCGGACGCGGUGGCGAGCCGCGUCAAGCCCACCUCUGUCGCGUGUCUCACCUGCCCGAGGGCGAUGCGGCACAGGAGCGUCCUGAGAAUCGAGAACGUGGUGUACACCGAUACGAGUCUCUACCGGUGCGUGUAUGGGCGGCACUCGGACAGCAUCAGCAACGAGACUGCAUCAGAUGUUUACAUUUACGUGAAAAGCCCGAGUAAUAUUUUUCUACCACUGCCCAACGAUGAAAACACCGUCGUCAUCUUCAGAGAGGAGCCUUUUGUCAUACCGUGCCGCGUCACGGAUCCCGAAACCACUGUCAUGCUAACCUAUGAGCAAGACGCGGUGAGAGUAGGGGUGGGGAACGGGGUGGUGUACAACCCCCAGGGUGGGUUCUCAGUGACCAGCAGGGACUGGGACGGCGUAGUGGCUUGUGAAGGGAACGUCGACGACCAGUGGCAGAUACAGCUAUUUGAAGUCCACUUGGCAGACACCAAACAGCUGUUCUUCCCCGCCCGCGACCAGAACCUCGUCGCCAGCAACACGGAGCCCCUCGUCAUCCCUUGCCGCGCCACCAACGUGAGGACCGAGGUCUCCCUGAUGGUGGAAUACAACACCUUGGUCAACGUCGACGGCGUCACGGUGACCUACGACCCGGACGUGGGAUUUAACAUCACGGCCAACCAGGAGCUGUUCCACGGAUAUGUGUUCUGCGAGGGCCAGCUGGGGAAGGUCCAGCAGCAGCAGAUGUUCAUCGUGACUUACGAAGUCAGCGGCCCGCUGGCCAAGCCGGAGAUCUUCGCCAGCAAGACAGAAGUCAUCCAGGGCUGGGAGGGGUUUGAGGUGACAUGCGAGGUGGAUAUGCCAUCGAGGAGUGCACUGGAACUCACAUGGGACCAUCCAGGAAAAGGGAUUCAUGAGUUGGAGUCCAACUACCGGGAGGAGAGGACCUCCCUUCUGAUCACGGAGCCGUCCAGCGUCUCCCGCAGGUUCAGCAGCACGCUCUUUGUGCUCAACACCACCCAGUACGAUAACGGCACGUACUUCUGCACGGUCCGGGCCAGUGACGAGACCGUCACGUCGGACAUUAAUAUCUACGUCUUAUCUGGGACGCAUCUGUACGAAGUCGGUCCGCCGCAUCUCGACGCCGCCUCGUCGCCACUGACCGUCACCAAAGGCAUGGCACUGGAACUGUCCUGCUCCGGCGCUUACACCUUGGAGUGGAACUACCCCCAGAGCAUCCAGUCCCACGUCAUGCUGUCCUCCCGGGCCUGCCCGGUCUGCUCCACACGCACCCGGCACACCAGCGUCCUGCGCGUGGCGGACAUCGGCUACGGCGACUCGGGCAACUACCAGUGCGUCUACAGCCGCUACAUGAAUCACAUCAACGGCGGCACGGCUGUCCAAGUCGAUGUGCAAGUCACCGGAAAUGAUUCCCGUCUUCUGCAAGUCGGCCCGCCCCACAUCCACUCCAACUCCUCCGAGCUGGUUGUCUCUGAGAAUACCACCACCGAGUUGACCUGCACCGGUGCCUACACCCUGGAAUGGCUGUACCCGACCAGCGUGGCACCCCGGGUUGUCCUGACAUCGGUGGCCUGCCCGACCUGCCCCCAGUCGCUGCGGUACCGCAGCGUGCUGCGAAUUGAUCAGAUGGAGUACGGCGACACGGGGUUGUAUCGGUGCGUGUACAGCCGACACCUGGACAGCAUCACCAAUGAGACUUCCUCAGGGAUUUAUAUAUUUGUCAAGAGUGCUACCAAGUUGUUCCUCCCGCAACCCAAUCAGACCUUCCUGGAGAUUCUGGAAGACCGCCCCUUCGUCGUCCCCUGCCGGGUGACGGACCCCCAGGCCGGUGUCACCCUGACCCUCAACGACCAGCAGCAGCCUCUUGCCGGGGAGACUGGGAUGUGGUACGACCCCCAGGUGGGGUUCACGGUAUCGCCCAUCGGAUGGAGCAGGAAGGCGGUGUGCCACGCCCAAACGGAAAACGUCCAGGAGGAGCAAUCCUUCAUACUCAUCCUGGAAGCUCAAGCGUACACACCAGAUCCGAUUGUCUACGCAAGCACUGUGGAGGUUCUGGAGGGCAAAGAAGGGCUCAAUGUGACCUGUGAGGUGGAGGCUCCUCUUGGUGUCCUGGUGUCGCUCACCUGGGACUAUCCAGCCAAACUGACCAGUGAGCUGAGUUCUCGCUACCAGGAGACUACCACCUCUGAGGAGAUAGGACGCGCCCUUGUGCAUUACUCCAGCUCCCUGACUGUGGAGAAUGCGACCAAACAAGACGACGGCCUGUACACGUGCACUGCGUCCAGCUUCAACCAUCAGCAAUCGGCCGCAAUACCUGUACACGUACUAGAUCCAGACAUGCUGUUCCUGCCAGCCAGUGAGCACGUCCUCAUAGCCGACAACUCCUCCCCCUUUGUGAUUCCCUGCCGCACCACCAACCCGGACAUCCAGGUCUCGCUGGUCGUCGGCUACCAGUCGCAGGUCAGCCAUCAGGAUGACCCCACCGUCACCUAUGACCCCAGGGUCGGGUUCAACGUGACAGCCAACCAGGAGAUGUUUGACGGGCUGGUGCGCUGCCAGGCGCAGCUGGGAAACAUCCAGCAGCAGCAGAUCUACACAGUCAACUAUGAAGUGAACAGCCCCCUCGUUGAGCCCAAGAUACACGCCAGCAAGACAGAAGUCAUCCAGGGCUGGGAUGGGUUUGAGGUGACAUGCGAGGUGGAUAUGCCACACAGAAGCAGCCUGGAGCUCACGUGGGACUACCCAGGAAAAGGGAUUGCGGAGUGGCAGUCCAAUUACCAAGAGGAGAGGACGUCCCGUCACAUCACCGAGCCUGCCCGCAGCUACCAGAAGUUUGUCAACCGGCUGAUGGUUCAGAACGCCACCGAGCACGACGCCGGGCUGUACGUCUGCACGGCGCAGAAGAACCUGGAGAGAAUCUCCUCCCAGAUUCGCAUCAACACAAUCCCUGGUGCGCAGCUCAAAGAGAUGGGCCCGCCCCGCCUGCAGAACACGCCCUCCCACCUGACGGUCAUCGACGGGGAAACCCUGCAGCUGACCUGCGAGGGAGCCUACACUCUGGAGUGGGACUAUCCCGCGAGUAUUCAGUCUAACGUCGCGCUGUCCUCCAGGGCCUGCCCGACCUGCGCACCCCACGCCCGGCACACCAGCGUCCUCCGCGUGGAGAACAUCGGCUACGGCGACUCGGGCAACUACCAGUGCGUCUACAGCCGCUACAUGAACCACAUCAAUGGCGGCACGGCCACCCAGGCCGUUGUGACGGUGACAAGCAAUGAUACCAGUCUGCAUCUGGUUGGACCUCCCGUCAUCCACAUUGACGGCUCGGAUCUAUUAACCAGCGAAAACUCCAGCAUUGAGAUAACCUGCACGGGCGCCUACACCUUAGAGUGGCUCUAUCCGCAAUCCGUGGCCCGUAAAGUCACGCCGACUUCCACAGCCUGCCCGACCUGCCCUCCAGCAUUGCGCCACCAGAGCGUCCUGAGAAUCGAAGAUUUGACAUUCAUGGACACCAAUGCCUACAAGUGCGUAUACAGUCGCUUCUCGGAGAACUACAAUGCCAACACGUCGGCGGAGGUGUACAUUUUUGUGCGCAGCAAUGAUCCAUCCAAACUGUUCCUGCUCAAGCCGGACACCGCUGCUCACCACCUCGUCAUCUACGAGGACGAGCCCUUUGUCAUCCCCUGCCGCGUCAGCAACCCCGCGGCCCCCGUCAAGCUCUUCCAGGACCAGACGGAGGUGGACAGGACCGUGGGGGACGUCUACGACCCCAAAGUGGGCUUCAAGGUCCAGUCCAGCCAGUGGAGUGGCCUGCUGUACUGCACGGCCUACCAAGGGGCCAAAUACACCCAGCAGUAUUUCAUUGCCACUUUUGAGGCUAAAUCGUACAGCAAGCCCAAUCCCAAAGUGACCGCCAGCAAGCUGCAAGUUCGCCAAGGCCGGGAGGGCUUCAACGUGACGUGCACCGUCGACGCGCCUCUCAGCACGUCCAUGGACAUCAUGUGGUCCUACCCGGGACAAGAGAGCUGUCAGCCAGAAUCCAACUGCCGCAUAGAGAGGGACUCCCAUGAGGAGGAGAUCAAAUCCAACAGGCAGACGCGCCGUUACCGGCUGUACACCGUGGUGCUGCACGUGGAGCGGGCCACGCGGUACAACAACGGGACGUACAUCUGCACAGCUACCAACACGAAGGGCCCCGCCUCAGCCUCCAUCGACAUCAACGUACUAGAGCGAGGCUACAUCAAUAUGGAGCUCAUACCGAGCAAGCCCAACAGCAACAACAUGGAUGUACUCCGGGGGGAGGACAAGUUUCGCAUCGGCUACAUGGUGCAGGAUUAUCCCAAGGCCCGGUUUCGCUGGUUAAAGGACGGCCAGAGUCUUCCAAAGAGCAACCUGACGGACUACAACUUGCAGGUCCGGGGGGACAUCGUGCGCGCCGUGUUCAGGCACGUCACUGAUGCGCACGCUGGCAACUACACGCUGGUCGCGACGAACGAGGACGUGACUGUCAGCAAGAGCGUUAUUGUCACUGUCACAGUCAAACCAGUCGUGACCAUCACCUCCUGGCCCCUGCCCACCAACACCGACCCGCCCCUGUACAUGGCCGGGGAGGACUACCUCUUCAACUGCAGCGCCACGGGCAACCCCGUCCCCACCGUCCGAUGGAUGUACAUCAACUGCCCGAACAACUCCAUCAACUGCAAUGCUGGCAGGCGGCACAACCGGCGCAACCACGGCACCCCGCUGGACGGUGUCAGCGGUGGCCACAGUGGCGUGCAGCAGGAGCCGGGACGGCCGGCCCUGCUUCAGGUGACCUCCCCGCAGGCCCGGAUCUACCGAUGCUGCGCCGACUCCCCGAAAUUCCCCGGACUGGACUCCUGCCAGGAUAUCCACUUUAAGAUGACAGACUUACCAGUAGGCCUGAAGGUCACGGCGGACAACCAGUCUCCCUACCAAGGCAGCAACAUCAGCCUGACCUGCCAAUGGAGCACCUAUGUAUUCAAGUCCAUCGAGUGGCACUAUGUGGGGCCUGAGAACGUCACGCAUCGCAUCGCGCAGUCUCUCGACAACCGGCAGAUCAGCACCAGGCUGGACGGCUUCACGAAGCUGUCCGUGCUGACGCUGAGCGACGUCGGCUUUGCGGAGACCGGGAGUUACCAGUGCCGGGCGCUGAAGCGGAGGGGACACGCCAAGAGGGUGGCCGAGGUUGACAUCGAGGUUCAGGAGCACCGGGCUCCCGAGAUCCUGACCGAACCCACCAGCCUGGAAGUGGACAAGGACGAGGGCAAGAUCUCCCUGCAGUGCCGAGCCACCGGCGCCCCGCUGCCCACCCUCAGCUGGCUCAAGGACGGCCGGAAUCUGACCACGGACCUCCAGCUGGUGGAGAGCGGCCAGAGUCGCAUCCUCCAGCUGAACAGAGGGCGCAUCAUCAUCGACGACAGCGGCUCCUACGUCUGUGUGGCUAGCAACCCCUCGGGGAGUCGAAAUAUCACCGUUGAGGUCUUAGUUCAGGAGAAGCCUAAGUUUGACAAGAACCUCCCCGCCGUUAUCAAAGCCAAGCCCGGCAGCAACAUGACUCUCUCCUGUCAGGUGCGAGGCACGCCCAAGCCCGCCGUGGUCUGGUCGCGCAACGUCAGCGGCGCGGUCAAGCCCAUGCCCAAGAGGAUGUACAGCAACAAGGAGGAGGAGCUGAGGAUGGUGGGAGUCAAGGAGGCCGACGCUGGGAUGUACCUGUGCACGGCUGAGAACAAACUGGGUGUGGCUACUAGGAAGAUAACCCUCCAACUAGACAAAUCCCUGCAGGCCCCGUACGACAUGGCGUCCUCGCCCCGCGACAUCGCCAUCAUAGCCGUGGGCUCCUGUUUCAUCUUCCUCAUCCUGAUACUCAUCAUCUUCAGAAUCAGGAGGAAGAAGCAGAAGUACAUAGCAGGAGGUGACGACAUGCUGCUGCCUAUAUCCCUGGGUCAGGUGGCUGACCUGGAAGAUAUAUGUGACCACCUGCCCUAUGAUCCUAAGUGGGAGUUCCCUAGGGAGCGACUCAAGCUGGGCUCCAUCCUUGGGCAGGGGGCAUUCGGCAGGGUAGUCAAGGCAGCUGCCUUUGGCAUCGAUAAGACACAGACGUGUACCACAGUCGCCGUCAAGAUGCUGAAAGAAAAUGCUUCUGACGUGGAGAGGAAAGCACUGAUGACUGAACUCAAGAUGUUGAUUCACAUCGGUCCUCAUUUGAAUGUUGUCAACCUGAUGGGAGCAUGCACAAAGAUAGACCUCCUGAUCAUCGUGGAGUUCUGCACCCACGGCAACGUGUCAGACUACCUGCGCGGCCGGCGCCAGGACUUCGUGGUGGAGUCCAAGGACACCCACCAGCCCCUCCCCCACCAGCAGCGGCUGAUCGCCGCCAGCCUGCUCAGCACGGGGGCCUCGGCCGAGCCGGACAGCCCCGGCCUGCCGCUGGACGCUGAAGACGAGGACGAAGAUGACGACGUCUUUACGUUUGUUGAGAAGAAGGAGCCGCUGACGCUCAAGGACCUGCUGUGCUUUGCCUUCCAAGUGGCUCGGGGCAUGGAGUUCUUGGCAUCCAAGAAGUGCAUACACAGGGAUCUGGCAGCACGCAACGUCCUCCUGGCCGACGAUAACAUCGUGAAAAUCUGUGAUUUUGGUCUGUCUCGAGACAUCUACCACGAUCCCGACUAUGUGACUCGAGGAGGGGGUCGGCUGCCGAUCAAGUGGAUGGCACCAGAGUCGAUCUUUGACAAAGUCUACACGUCAUAUAGUGAUGUGUGGUCGUUUGGAGUGUUCAUGUGGGAGCUAUUCCAGCUUGGUGGAACCCCAUACCCGGGCGUGCCUGUCGACGAAGAGUUCUACAACCGGUUAAAGAAUGGCUACCGCAUGUGUGCGCCUGAUCAUGCUCCUCAGGAAAUAUAUCACAUUAUGCUGGAGUGUUGGAACACAGAGGCUAAGGAGAGACCAGACUUCAGUGACCUGGUCAUCAAGUUAGGGGACCAACUGGAGGCAAACGUCAUUCAGGAAUAUUUGGACCUGAACAUCCCCUUCGAAAUUGAGAACGCCAGCCGGCCCUCCACCCAGUACAUUGAGAAGGGCCUGGAACCGGUGGUGUUGCUCCCUCCCGAGAUGGCAUCGGAGAAGGCUGGCAACGACGAAGAGAGUCCACAGUCAGUGAGCCAAUUGGACGAGGAGGGAACGGAGGAGGACAUAGGAGCAGUGGGAGGAGACGAUGAGAUGGUGGAGGAGAUUCAGGAUCCCAGACCUGUGUGUCCAAGCCUGGAUGGGCGGAACAGACCCGCCGGACUCUCCCAGGAUGCACCCAAGGACUUUGUCUUACACAUUCGGGAAGAACAGGAAGCGGGUGGGGAGGAUAACAUCAGGGAAGGAACUCAUCCCGCAGGCGAGGUCGCGGGGUCGAGCGGUGAAGCUCACCACCUGAGCGACAGCCCGGCGAGCGAGGAGACGCAGUUGUCCGAAGAAGGCCGGGACUCGCUCAGCUCCUUGGAGAAGGCGGAACUGGAGGGGCUGGAGUCUGGACGGGACGCGUCAUUCCACCACCACCACCACCAUCAUCACCACCACAAUCACCACCGUGCCCGGAGCCGGGGAAACAGUAAAAGCGAGGAGUCGGUCUCGUCGGACUCGUCCAGCGGCUUCCGCUCCGGUGGUUACAUCUCGGACGCCAACGAGGACGAACCGCCGCCGGAGUACAACAAGGUCAUGCAAGUGGUCACUGUUCACUUCUGAGUAUUCAAUUAUUUCUUAACCAAAAAAAAAAAAUGAUAUUCAUUGCUGACACAGCAAAGCUGUUUAGAAUUUUGCUCAGUGAAUUAUUUUUCUGUAGAGUUGUAAGUUUGUGAAUUACAAGUCGAUCACAAUUCAUUCACAAGUCAAUCACUAUUCAAUCACAAUUCAAUCAAGAGUCAAGCACAAGUCGAUCACUAGUCAAUCACAA